AUGAAAAAUAUGCGUCUUAUGUUAACUUUUUUACAUACUAUAAUAAUAAUUUGUGCUACAAUUAAUUUACAUCCUCAUUUAACUGAUGUUGCCUAUGCAUCAGAUCAUAAAAAACGAUUUUCAGCUACUUUUGGCUAUGUUAUAAAUUUAAUUUAUAUUUUACUCUAUCAUACGGUUAGUAUUUUAGCUGUAUGGUUUAGUCGUUAUGAUGCUGGUAUAGUACGAGCAAGUGGAAUUUUAUUACUUGGUGAACUAUUACAAGUUACUGGUUGGAUUAUUCAAUAUACAUUGAAGAGAGAACAUAUCGGAGGUGGUGAACUUUUUUUUACUAUAAUAUUUGGUUUGUUGUUAUUAACAACAAUAUUAAUUACAUUUCGAUUAGCAGAAAAUAUUUCCAAACAUCAAAAUAAUUCUAUGCAAUUGAAAUUACUAUCCGAUUCUGUAAGUGACAUAUCGAUGGAUAAUGAAAAUGAACCGUCAUGGGUUUAA